CAUUGCGAUGGCCUCCAACUCGGAUACUGUGUCUGAUAGUCACACGAAUAGUUUAUCAAAUAGAUCUGAAAGUCAGCCUGACAAUGACUUUACUCACAAUGAACUCAAAGGCUGGCUUUUGAAGAGGGGUCGGUUGUCCCGCAAAUGGAAAAAACAGUGGUUCCAGCUUAAAAACUGUGACCUAUAUUAUGGCAACACAUCCGAGGAGUCCAGUUUGAAAAAGAAAAUUCCUUUAACCAAUGCUGACUUAUCAGAAGCAAAUGUGGAUAAAAAACAAUAUGCUUUUCGCAUUAAGAGCAAGGAAAAUGGACGUACAUAUUACAUGCAAGCAGAAAAUGAAAGUGAACAAAACGAUUGGAUGCAGGCGAUAUGCUUUGCGAAAGCUGCCGGUAGCCAUGGAUCGAACUCACAAGCAUGUGUAAUACAGUGACAGUCCUGUACAGCUGAUAAAUGUUGAAACACUGGGAUCAAGUUGGAUGGGGACAAUUCUUAUGAAAAUGGCAUAAAAUGUUGCAAAAAAACAUUUCAAAAUGUCAUUUAUGGUUGUCACCCAAGUAUUCACUGCCCAUGGAGUAGGUGGACACUGUCAAGAGUUGAAGUGAAGAAGGAGGUGGUGCUUGUGGGAUGAAGUAAGACUAUGGUAUAUUCACCACAAGGCCUAGAUUCUCAAUGGAAAUAAAAGAGGCUAAAUGUUAUUCCUCCUUCAUGUCAUAUCUGUUGUCCUGAGACUCAUGGAUGUGUGGUUCAUUUUGAAAAAAACACAAAUUGGUCAUCACUCCCUUUUUGUUAAAAUUAAUCUGAUUCCAUAAUACUUUCAAGUUAGUGUUUCAAGAAAAUACAUUUGUAAAACAGAAUUAUUCAUGUGCAAGUUGUUUUUCAGUUCUACAUAAAACAGGAAUAUCGCCUAAAUGAAUCACCAUAUUUGUAUAUCAUUGAUUUCAAUAUUUAUGAUUUGGAAUUUGAUUAACAAAAUGUCUGUUUGUCAUGUUUGUUAAGAUAAUGAUGUUUUGCAUCCAAUUGUUCAUGAUAAAAAACAGACACAAAUUUAAGUCUAUAUUUCACUACAGAUCACAAAAGGACACACCUAUUACAGAUGACAUUCUUAUAUUUGUUGUCUAUAUUCAUUUGAUUUGAUUAUAUCAAUGAGAGAGAGAAUUAGAACUUGAUAAAGACUAUCAAUAUGAUUUUGUCAGUUGCAGCUAAUGCAGAUUUGUUACAUUGUUGUUUAGAUAAUCAAUAUUUUGCAGUGGCUGCGGAAGAGUGUAGGGAUUUUGUGCAAUUAGAUGAUUAAGUAUGGAUUAUGUUGUUUGACAUUCAGUAACAUGCUGGAUGUCCUGUUACCUGCUUGUUGUGAUUUUGUGAUGACCUUAUCUAUACUGUUUACCUUUGCUGUAGUCUCUCUCCUGGUAAAUAUUUAGAUAUGUCAGAUGAUAUUAUGUGUCAGUCUCUCCAGUAGUCUCUGCUAACAACUGUCAACACCACUGAAAUUAUAUUUGAAAAGGAGACAGGACUGGGCAUGUCAACUCUGUUUUGGUGCAUAGUGCAUGUGAGAAAAACUAUGAUUUUUACAAAGAUUAUGAUUUUCAACUGUAAUGGUACCUUUCUUCUUUGUCAGUCAUUGCUGUCCCAAGUAUAGAAUGACACGAAACGUGUAGGAUUUGAUUAACAUCAAACUGGUUUCUAAUUAUACAGAUGUAGAUAAGGCCAGAUCAAUAUCUUUUAGAUUUUAUUCUCACUGCUCAAGUAGAUUUAGAAGUACUCAGUAUUUUUGUAUUACAAAUAUGCUGUAUUUGAAGGUGAGGAUGUCAAUGAUGAAUUGUCAAUGAACCAAGGAAUGCCCUACAUGGGUUUUUUUCUUAAACUUCAUCCAUAGUUUCAACUAGUACACACAGUUGGAAACUAAAUACACACACUGUUGGAAACUAAAUACACACACUGUUGGAAACUAAAUACACACACUGUUGGAAACUAAAUACACACACUGUUGGAAACUAAAUACACACACUGUUGGAAACUAAGAGUGGCAGUGGUGUUCUUGAGUUUAGUUUUGAGUCUAGAAACCCUGUACCUCUAACUUAAAACAUUAAGGAUAUGACAAAAAGGUCCCUUUUUCUAUCUGGCUUCAUUUCAAAUACAGCAUAGAAUGUGGUUUGGUGUAUAAUCAGAUAAUGAAGAUUUAUCCCUGAUUUAGUCUACCCGUGAUGAGCUUGGCUUGGGAAAUACAACUGAACUUUGUCUUUCCUGUGAAUCUGUGUGUUCUACUCAGAAACUGUUUAAAUGAUCUUCAUGGAACCUAUCACAUGUUAACCAGAUGGUCUAGCAGAGGUUAUGGGCAUCAACAAUCUUCGUAUUUCAUGAGAUCAUUUUACAUAGGUUUGUCAUACAGACUCUGAAACAAAUAUAUCCAAGGAAACCCAUGCAAGUCUACAAUAUGUGGCAAGGCUAGAUUACCAGUUUCAGUUUUCUGAAAAUGAAGAAAGCCAUGCUCUCCUUUUCAUUAUAUUUUAUGAUUUUAAUUUAUGAACCGUUUUUUUUCUGUGAAAUAUGUUCAUUUUAUAGACUGGAUAGUAGUCUAAUUUUACAUUGGCAGACUCAUUUCUACUGAAAUUAGGGUUGUGCUGAAAUUGUUGAGUAAGUGAUUCUUAGCUUCAUUUAUUUUACAACUUGUAAGGUUGAGCCCAACUUCAAAAGCUUUAGAAGACAUCUUUGUCAAAUAACACACAACAACUUAGUGACCUCAUGGUGUCUUUGAUGUUUAAAUUUUUUUCUUGUGAAAACUUUUCUAUUGAAGCAAGAUCAAAUCAGUGUCUGAAGUUAUGGGUAGGGGGUCCUUGAGGUUUGCACUAUUUGUGUUUGAAUUUAGUGGCCCCAAUUUUGAGAAGGAUUUUAGAAGGUCUUCUUUGAUAUUCAUGCUUAAUUUUGAACACUGUCCGAAUAUAUUGGUUCUUGAUUGAAUUUCAAUAUUGAAAAUGUAUCCAUGUUUCAAUUCAACUUGAUUUGAAAAACUUUGUUUUCAAUAAAUGUUUGCUGUAUUUCUAUUCACCCAUAAUGCAUGUGAGACUAUGCUAUUGUUCAUUACAGUAUAAUUACACGGACACAAGAAUGACAUGUGAUAUGAAGGAUUUUUUAUAUGUUCAGAUGCACAGAUGUAUUGCUUACAUGUCAGUCUGUGUGGGCCAAUUCUUCAGUUUACACCACCAUCAAAUAGUAGAAUGAGUACAGACUAGCAAACUUACAUUUUUUAUGCUUUGUUAUGAGAGUUUUCUGCUGAGUACUAUAUCAGAUUCUUUGUAUUAUUGCUCUGUAGUAAUACAGAUUGUGUACAUGUUGGAGUCACUGAUGUUUCAAUGUUGCAAAAAUGUGAUGAAAGGAAAUGCAUACUAGUAACCAUAGUAACUGAAGUAUGUGUUGGAUGAGGGAAGUUGAAUGUAUUAUGCCCAGGAAACAUGUAUACAUGUAUACUGCAUUAUAGCCAAGCAGGAUCUGAUAUUCAUCAGAGAAUUCGAAGAAUAGCACACAAUGUAUAUGUAUAUUUAUGUCAGCAACACACACUGAACCAGAUCGGAUUUUGAGAUCGUUCUUUGCUGCAUGUUUAACUUUUUAUCAUUUGAAGUUGUGUUUCUUUUGUUGUGGAAAGGAAAUUGUUCCCCAUUACAUGGGCUGUUUGUAAAAAUUCAUUUUAGAGAGAUGUAACUGGAUAUGAUUUGUUUGGAAUGAAUGUGUCUUUUCCCUGCAUAUAUUUUUCGAUAGCCAUCUAUGCGUAAUUAAAGUAUUGUUUCGCAGGGUGUUUUGGGUGGAGGAUCAGCACCUUGAAAGAAAAAGGGGUCUUCUAGUCAUACAUGUAUGCUGCUCAAGUAUUGGAAUCCAGAGACUCAUCAACCUUGGUUUUUAAAGGGAUUUAUCUUGACCUACUCAAAAGCUGAUAUUUGGCCCUAAGUCUGUAGUCAGAAGAAAUUCUGAAAUUUGUAUUUCCCAGUUCAUGUUGUUUUUUCAACUGAUAACAAUACCAGAAAAGCUAGGAAAAGGGUGUAGCACUUAGUUUUACACUAUUACAUUCAAUGAAAUGUUAAAAUGGCUCCUUUACUGAGAAAAUAUGAAUGUUAACACAAAUCCCAAUUUUGAAAAAACAACCUUUUUCUGCUUGCUGCCAAGGACACUUUGUUUUGAAUCGUAGAUAGAUCCCUCUUUUAACAUUAGUGUUGUUAUAAGUAUCCUUGACUGUCUUCUGUAUUUUUUGAACACCUGUGACCAUUAGAUAUUUUCAUUUGCAGAAAACCAAUGCAAUGUUUUAACACUGCAAUUGUUCUCUAAAGACCAGAAGAGUUCUGUUAAGAGUGCAGUUCUGUUGUUACAGAAUAUCUGCCAACUGUUAGAGAUCUAUAAUGGUACUGUGACAGAGUAUGGUGAGUGUAUCAUGGUACAAGGUUAUCAGUACCAUGCAUGGAUUUAUGACAGAUGUAUCAUUAUCUCUGGCAUUUAAUAAGUUAUCAUUUUGUAUUAAAAAGAGACAACAAAAAUCAAAUAUUUCAGUUUGGUCAGUAUCAGUGUCAUGUCAGGUACUUUUGAUCAUACUAAGUAUGAUAAGUAUCAUUUGUUAACCUUAUUUCCAUUCAGUGGUAAAAAUUAGACACUUUUACUGUAUGGUGUUAACCUUGUCAUUUGUGAAGGACCUCAGGUUUCUAUUAUCUUUAAUCAAACAUAACCAAGCUAUUUUUAACAUGCAAGUUUAAAUACUAUCAAUAUCUAUUUGUAUAAAUGAUUGCCAGUGACUAGAAUAGUAUCAACACAAAUUACUGUUUUUGCUAAUUGUUCUCUGUAAGCAAUGUUUGAUGAAUGUUGUUUAUUUAUAGAUUGUGCACAUUUAAGCUACAGGAAGAUAUGGUACCUCACAAAAUCUCAUAUAAUUGCAAGCAUAGUGCAGGACUUCCUUUUCUAGUUCAAGAAAACACAAUACUUCAGCCAUCACAAACUAAUUAUUAGUUUGUUGGAAUACAGUCUAUUUGUUUUUCCAUGUUUGUUUUUGAAUUCCAUGAUGAAGUUGCUGUAUAUUGUGUCCUCUUGUGACCAAAAAACUAAAUGAAAUCACAGUAUGUAAAACAAUAUUGCUUUAGUUCAAAAUAUAGUUACAGAAUCUAGGUGAACAAGAAGAUAGUGUUUUGUAACAUACUAGCAGGACAAUGAUUAUUGUUUAUGGACAUUACAAAUAUUUGUACAUGAAUAUGGCAUAUUUGUUUUGAAAUUUGAUUCCAUUAUUGCAGACAAGUUGGCCAGUCUCCGAAUAUAUUCAUUUCACAGAAACAUCUCAUGUAAAAAAAUUCCUUAAACAUUUUUCAAAGCUGUUUUGUAUUCCUGAAAGGUGAAAGAGGUACAUGCAUUGAACAGUGUUUGUACUGUGAGUGAAAUUGUUAAAAGGUUUGCUGAUAACUGUUGAGAGCUAUGAAUAAUUCACCCUGUAAUCACCACUCUCCAAUGGAGCCAAGUCACAUGAUGAGCUUUGUUGUAUUUAUUGAAUGUUACUUUUCAAGUAGUUUGGUCACAAAUAAUAUCAGUUUACAUCCCAGAAUUGCCCGGGUCAUAUUUGUUGGUUAUCAGCUCCACUGAAAGUGGUAAAGGUCUAAAAUCUGUGGGCCUUCCUGCCACAUGAAGAGAACAUGUGGUGAUAUGACUGACAUGUUGUUCAAAACUGUAAAACAAAACUCACUGACUCACACACAAUGAAUAUAUGCAGCCUAGAUUCAAACAAGGUACCGUAUGACAUUUCACCCUUAGAUCAGUGUCCUCAGUGACUUGGAUGGGGAUUCCCCUCACCAGCUCCACUCCGUCCUCGCCAUCGUCAUGGCAGCCAAUACUAGCAAUCUCAUCAACAUCCCAGGGGAAGCGUUCCUGAGAGAUAAUGUUUAUUUGAUGAAGGAGGCAGCUUGAGGUGGGUCACAUGUAAAAGAGAAUAGCUGAGGUGACAGGACACUAAGCUGUCUGUUACUUUCUCCAUGUACCUUGUCUUUUGUCUGUGGAAUGUAUCACCUGGGAUGGCUGUGGUUCACAUUUUAUCACUUUACUGUUUUAGACAUAUCUUAAGACAUGGCUGAUAUAUUGGCAUUAGGAUGUAGUAUUUAAGACUCACUCAUAUGUACAAAAUACAUAAAAGACAAAUAUGUUCAUUAAGGAAUUAGUUAAAGGGGUGAUUAAUUUUUUGGGAUGAAAAAGAAUGAUGGAAAGUAAAUACAAAAUGCCAAUAUUUGAAAGAAAAGUAAGACUGGAUUGCUAUGGAAAUUGUAGAUAUUUGAGGGGUAGUUUUACUUUAUUGAGAAUUCCAUUUAUAUGGCAAAACACACAUCUUGUGUUUCAGUUGCUCUAAGUUUCUUUAAAGUGCUAAUGAUAAUGGCAUUAAUAAAUUUCCCAAGCCUUGAGGGCACACUUAGAAAUCACUUUAUUUCAUCAAUGACCAUGUGACAAUUUUCAUUAUGCAAAGCCAGUGGCAAAUUUACUUCCCACAAGUAGACUGGACAAAUGUGAUGUUUAUGCUAGUAUUAAAAUGCUCAGUGAACUGAAUUUCGACUCUCCUGUUUCCUCAUUCUUAAAAACAUAUUCUGGCUGGCUCACGUUGAUUCCAAAGGGCAGACUUAGACAUCUUUUGUCAUUGCCCUCAGGAAAUACCACGUAUUACCACAUAUCUACCGCAGGUGUUGGAUAACAUCAACCCAAACAGUUUUAGGUCAGUAGGGAGUGGUUUUGUUUUAUAGCUAUUGAAUAAUCUUAAACACAAUGGCUUAUUCAUUACACUGAUGAAUUAUGUUAGGGAGAAGGGGUUAAACAGGGAUUGUGGUUUUUCAGGAGUCUUAACUGUGUCCAUAUAAAGUAACCUGUUUCUCUUUCCUAGCGUCUGUUGUUAGUGAAAGAAGAUACUUGAUUUGAACCCAAUGAUCAGACUCUUUAUUGCAAAUGGUUAGGAUGUAUCAUAUGUUAUUAAUGGAUAUACAAUUCCAAUUUGAAUUGUGACUACUCAAGGCAAACAUUUUGUUACCUCUAAUACAUUCAUUAUGUAAGCAUAUGCAUGUUAAUGGUGGUUAGUAGACCUAGUUGCCCUAGGUGACUCAGUUUGCUGUGCAGAGUUGCAGCCCUUUGGCAUGCCAGUAACCUAUGAAUAUAGGCUUGAAUGCUGAUUGGCCUUGAUUAUGUUUAAACGAUGGUCAGCACCUUACCCAUGCUCUUAAGUUUACCCGAAGUGGUAAAAGCCUGACACCUGACAUCGGGCCCGAAACAAACUUAAGUUUUUACUCAAAUUUAAAACUGAGUUUGACAAUUUGAAACAGCUGAAUUUUUAACUCAACUGCAUUUUUAAAUAAAAAGCUCAAACAACUUAAGUAAUCUAUCUACCAAACUCAAAUUGUCUACUAUGUUUGGGUUUGAUAUUGAUUUCAUUUCAUUCUGGGAAGGGUCGGUGGAGUAGCCUAGUGGAUAAAGCGUUGGCUCGUAACGCCAAAGACCCGGGUUUUAAUCCCCACAUGGGUACAAUGUGUGAAGCCCAUUUCUGGUGUCCUCCCGCACACGUACUCAUUAUACUCAAGCUGUCAGAUCAGUCAGUUAUAACACAAACCGUGUAAUUGUAUUCAUCUUUAUUUGUACCGGUACUAUUCAGGUUUUUGUUGUUAUGAUCAACAACCAUGAUGUUAUGUUUCCAUUAAAUAACAUUCUAGUAUUCUGUGACAGAAAAUUUAAAAUCACCUAUGUCAUAGUGAGGAAAGAGAGGACACAAGGAAAGUCAAAUAUGCUGAAAACAAGGAUAUAAAUUUCACUAAUAAAUAAAUCAUCCGCAAGCUGGUUGUUAUGGCAACUGUUGCAAAGAAUGUUGUAUUAUUAAUUAAGUUCCAUGUCAUGGAACACCACAGUAAUGUCAUUGUUCAGGGUAAGUCACAAGGAAAAAAUAUAGUUUGAAAUUUGUUAGACUGCUAAUAAUAUAAUUAUUAACAAAAUUGUGAUGUGUGAUUGUAUGGUACUUUAUGAUGUGUAUUACCAUAGCUCAGUUAUUUGUGGGGUCAGUAAUACAUGAUAACUGUUAGAACUGAUUUACAAGAGCUGUAUCUUAUCAAACAAACUCACUUUGGCUGGAAAGGAGGUUUAGUAUACUUCUAAAGGGAGGAAGAUUAUCUUAUUUGUGAAACUUAUGACUAUACAGAUUUGAUGCUUGAAUGAACAUGCAUGAUGGUUGAACACAUCACUUGUUAUUUUAUAUUUUGAGUUAAAUUUAAGAGGAAACAUCCAAAAUUAUUUAUCCUGGAAAUAUUUAAGACAUAAGCUCGCCUAGAGAGUAAUGCUAUUACAAUUGAUGAUAGUGCAUGUUGAAUUACUGGUAGAUUACUUCAGUAUGGAUUUUUCGGUUACAGUUGAGCAAUCACCAAAAUAUUAAUAUAGACAAUUAAAUGCACUCUCCAUACACUUGGACAGAAGUGCUUUCAUCGAAGUGCGGAAGAUGUUUUGACACAAGAAGAUAAGCCCAAUGGAAGAUUUAUUACGUUUAGUUGUGUUUAGGUUAAGGUAUAUAAUAUAUUUAUGUGUGUGUACGGUGUUUCAAACACUGGUCUUUAAUUCACAAUAGUGUUAUGUUAUGUGAUGUUUCAAUACCCAGUUAGUGGUUGUUAACCAUGAUUAUAUCAGUGAUAUAUGUACAUCAUAAAUUGAGAUAAAGUGAUGCAAACUUCAUUUGAUUUGCAAUUUUGUUAUCAUACUUCUUCAGUAUAUACGAGGAAGUGUAACAGAAUUGUAACACAUGUUAAUUUCCUUUCAACUGAUUUUCUAUUGUGUCUAAAACAGAAGCCAAACUUCAAAAGAAAACGCAAACAAGUUAUCAUUUGUCAUAACAAAUAAGUUAAGAGUGUCUUGCUCAAGAGAAGAGAAAAAUAUAUGAGCCUUACUGCAAUUGCUCAGAUAUUUUUGUUGUAAUUUCUGGUAUUUUAAAUGGUUGUAUUAUACACACCAAAGUGUGAAAUUGGAGCAAAAACACUGACUUAAGUUCCCUUACAAGGUUUUUCUGUUAUCUUUUCUUUCGAUUGUUCCAUUGAAUAUGUGACAGCUAGAUUUUACUGGACAUAAAUCAACUCUGUGUGCACAGUUUAUGUAAAAAUGUUCCAAUGGAAAAUAUUGAUUCCAGUGAUUGUUCACCAUUACAUUUUACUCAAAACUGUAGUUAGGUCUGUAAAUAUAUUGGUGUGAUGGUUUGAGCUUAUGGCUUUAUGUGAUAUGUCAGUGUAACAAGACACAAGAUCAUAAUUCCUCAAGAGGACUCUGAGUUUUGUUUACUGAUCUGCUGAAUGUUGUAACUCUUAAAGAUGUUAUCUGGUCAUUGUUCAUCAUUUUGAUCUCAUUUAAGGUACAUUAUGUUCUGCAGUCCCCAGCAUUGUCAAAAAGGUAAAAAAUGAGGAUCUGUUGGUCACAAAGUCUGCUAAGUAUGGAUGGUAAUAGGGUGGUUGACCUCUGGGAGCCUGAGCUAUUCUCUUUUGUUUCACAAGAGGUUUUAGAUCAUGUUUAUUAUCCUUCCACAUUCUGCUGAAAGUAGUUAACAGCAUGUUUGUCUAGAGCGAUUUACUUAUUUAGUGAAGCAGUACUAAAAAAUUGUCUUCACAAAAGCUUCACAUCCAAGUCUUACUUUUAUCUGUUUGCCCUCUGUUUCAUUUGUUCACAUUCAUGAUGUCAAGAUGGACAUAUGGUAGACUUAAUGUAUGGGUAGGUACAUUUCAUAAGUAUUCAGGAUUUAUGAGAUCGCUUCACUUGAUCACUUAAUAAUGUGGUGCUGGUGCUGACUGUGAAUUGUCAUUUCCAGGCAUUGAAGAGAGUUACACUUUGUAUCAACAUUGAACAUGGACGCUAUAACUAUUUCUUCACAAAAUUACAUGGAGCCAGAGGAAAAUGGCUCCUACUUGAAUUCAACUAAGCUUUGUGAGAUGACUGAGAAGGUAUGUGUGAGAAGUUUUGGUGUAAUAACAGGCUAUGUUAUUUGUAAGGUUACAGUCUUAUAUAUGUGAAACUUAUCUUUGAAUGUAUGUUUCAUCAAGCACUUUGGCCAACCUGCCAUCUUUGAAAUAUUGAGUGACUCAGUCACUGAACAGUAUUACAUUAAAUGAAUGAGUGUUGUUAUACAAAGUCAAAUGAUAGAAUAAUUUACCUCAAACCUAGUUCCAAAGAAUGCAACCUGUUUAUGUGGGAGCAGACUUGUUGCUGUUGUCAAAAUACCAAAGCCUUAGGACAAAAAUAUCAGUAGUGUUGCAUAAGGUAAAGCUCUCAGAUCUCAGUGUUAUAGUACAACUAAUAACCUUUAUAUUGCUUUCUGUUUUUAUGUUUAAAAUGAAAAAAUCAAUGUUUAUAUUCAAUUACUUUUGGCUGAAUGGGUGGCCCAGUUGUGUGGGGAACUUCCCCUCAAAUCACAGAGUUACUUCCCUUUGAAGUUCCAGGAUAUUUAUUGUGGCUCUUCGUUUCUCAGCAGCAGAGUCUGGGUAGUUUUCUACUGAGUCAAAUCAAGGAUUUUGUAAAAUGUAUGUGCACACACCAUACCUAACUCACCAUUGUGACGUGUCUGAAAAAUCAAGUGUAUGGGCACCCCUUAAACUUCAGGAUCCAUGGUGAUCAAUGCUCCUCCAUCACUGUCUACUUUCCUUUCUCAUUUACACAGCUUGCUGCAAUGUACCGGAAUUACUGUCCAAAGCAGCAAUAAACCUAGCUCACUCAUUCCUUCAAACUAACCAUAUCUGUAGGAUGUUUGGAAUUGUAGAUAGCCAAGGAAUUUGUAUGUUUGUUAUGUAAAAAAUGUAAAUAUCAUUACAUGUAUAUAUCAUAACUAACUCUGAUUAUAUAGGUUGUUAAAAUAAGCAUCAAAAGCUGUCAUUUUUUCUUCUUCCUUUUUUUUUUUUUUUUUUUUUAAUGUUUCAGUGUUUGAAGUUUAUCAGAAUAUCAACUAAGUUUAAGAACAUUCACGAUAGAAACUGCCCAAGAAUAGUUAACUGUAAACAAAUUGAAAACCGUUCUGAAUUGUGUUAUUCACAAGAUCAAUAGCCAUCAUUCCAGCGUUUUCUACCACAAGUAGGUCUGGGAUGGCAGUAUUGUGUUUAUGAUUGUUCUGUCUCCAGGGAUUCAGUUUUGUCUGCCCAGUACAGGUAUGUUGGACAGACCAGGGAUACACUGUUACGUAGGUUUCUGCUGAUAAAUGUAGAAUGGCCAUUUUGAACAAAUGCAGAAUGAUGGCACAAAAGGUGAAUGAAAGAUUGGGAUUUCAGCAGAGGAGACUUGUUUGUGGAUGCUUACAUGCUAAGUAGAAAGAAAA